AUGGUGCCACCCGUUUACUGGAGUUUUAGGUCAGAACUGUACAAGUCGGCUCUGGCUUUGCUUUUCGCGGUCCAAGAAAUCAACGAAGAUCCGUAUCUUCUACCAAACAUCACACUGGGCUUCCAGAUGUAUGACUCCUGCUACUCCGAGCCACCUGCUCUUCAGGCCACUUUCCAGCUGACCUCAGGUGGGAACUAUGCCCCAAACUAUAACUGUGCCGCCCGGCCGCUUCCACCGGCUGUUAUCGGAGAUAUAUCAACUUCGUCAUUGGCAAUAGGAAGAGUACUUGGCCUUUGGAGGUUACCUCAGAUCAGCUAUAUAGCCUCCGUUCCAGCCCUGAGUAACAAACUGGACUUUCCAUCAUUCUUAAGGACUAGCGUCAGUGUUGCGAAUCAGCCGCAAGCAGUGAUUGAAAUGUGCCUGAAAUUUGGCUGGACUUGGAUAGGGAUCUUUAUUUCCUCAAUAGACUAUUACCUGCAAGCGGGUACAACCCUCAAACGUGAGGCCACCAGGAACGGGAUUUGCAUAGCAUUUUUUGAAACGGUCGACUACGUUCUCAGCAUAGCGGUUCUCCCGACGAUCAUAGAAACGGUGCGCAGAUCAAAAGCCACCGUGGUAAUUCUCUACUGCUCCCACGCAGAGGCUAGCAUGAUAUUCAUCGGGGUCCUUCAACAUAAACUCUUUGGAAAAGUCUGGAUUGGCACCGAAGCCUGGUUCACCACUCCAAUAUUCAAGCAGAAGCAGUACUGGGACCUUCUCAACGGCACCAUAGGGAUCGCAAGAAGUCGAAAUACACUACCACACUUCUCCAGCUUCCUCCAGUCUGUCCACCCUUCCACAUACUCCAGGAUGCUCUCCAUCCAACAGUUUUGGGAGAUAUUAUUUAACUGCAGGUGGGCUGUGGGUGAGACCAAUAGUAGUGUAUCAUCUGCUGUAGGCCCAGGCAGCCGGGUUUGUACGGGGUUGGAGAAGCUGGUGACAGAUGACAUCACGGAGUACAAUGACCCGACCUCACAAGCCGUGUAUUCGGCUCACAAUGCUCUCUACGCCAUUGCUCAUGCCCUCCACAACCUGCUGAUCUGUGAACCUGACGAAGGACCCUUCGCUGGGAAGUCUUGUGCCGAUAAACAUGAUAUUAAACCUUGGCAGGUAAACGUAGCUACUGUAUUCCCAUGCCCCACAUCUUACCAACACAUAACCUCAGCCACACAUCCCCGUCAUGGCUUGCAGCACUGGAUGUCCAUGGAAACAUGUUUCCAUGGUAACAUACAUGAUGGUUUCCCGGGUAGGUUAUUGUACGAGUGCCCUCCCGCUGUUAUCAGGGUGCUGCUGCUGCUGUGCAUGUGCAAAGUGGAACAGCUUCUUUAUCACUUGAGAAGAGUCCAUUUUGUCAACACUGCCGGCGAAGAAGUGUCAUUUGAUGCUAACGGAGACAUCAACGGCUACUUUGAUAUUCUGAAUUGGCAGCUAGAAGACAACAUUGGUAAAUAUGUGAAAGUCGGGACGGUCAGCCCCAGUCAGGGAUUCUCCAGUAAUAACAGCGCCAUCUACUGGGCUGGAGGACCGGGCAAGGUUCCAAAAUCAGUCUGCAGCUCUGACUGCCCUCCUGGCUACAGGAAGACGCCGCGGAGAGGUCAGCCGGUCUGUUGCUUUGACUGCCUUCUGUGCCCAGAGGGGAUGAUUUCCAACCAAACAAAUUCUAUGUCUUGCUUCAUUUGUCCAGAAGACCAGUGGUCAAAUAAUGAAAGAACCAAAUGCGUUCCUAAGGUCAUCGAAUUCCUCUCCUAUGAGGAACCCUUGGGGCUGGUGAUGGCAUCAUUCUCAGUGAUCUUCUCUUUGGCCACAAUGAUGGUGCUGUGCGUGUUUCUCAGGUUCCGGGACACUGUAGUGGUGAAAGCGAAUAACCGCAACCUCAGCUACCUCCUCCUACUGUCCCUAACAUUCUGCUUCCUCUGCUCCUUGGCAUUCAUCGGCCGCCCAUCCAGACUGACCUGCACCAUCAGGCAAGCUCUCUUUGGGGUCAUAUUCUCGCUGUGUAUCUCCUGUAUCUUGGCCAAAACCAUCAUCGUUGUCAUUGCCUUUAAUGCCACCAGACCUGGCAGUAAUUUGAGGGCGUGGGUUGGUUUCCAGACAGCCCUUCUCGUUGUCUUUACUUCAAACUGUGUCCAGGUGAUAAUUAUCCUUGUGUGGCUGGUCAGGUUCCCACCAUUUCUAGAGCCUAAUUAUCAUGUCUUAACUGGUGUCAUCCUCAUGGAAUGUAACGAGGGUUCCGUCAUCAUGUUCUACUGCACCAUAGGAUACUUGGGCUUCUUGGCCUCGAUCAGUUUUGUUGUCGCUUUUCUGGCUAGGAACUUACCGGACAGCUUCAAUGAGGCCAAAUACAUCACCUUCAGCAUGCUGACCUUCCUCAGUGUCUGGGCGAGUUUUAUUCCCACCUAUCUCAGCACUAAGGGCAAGUACGUUGUUGCCAGUGAGAUAUUUGCCAUAUUACUGUCCAGUUUUGGUCUUCUGUGCUUUAUAUUUGGCCCCAAAUGCAAUGUCAUCCUCCUGAAGCCAUCAAUGAACACAAGAGAAUAUUUAAGGUCAAAUGCAUAAAAUUAGACACUGCAAGAAAUAUUUUUAAAUAAUGGGAGUUACCUUGCAGCAGAAGGAGCGGGGUAUCCCGUAGUCAUCA